CAGUAUCGCCCAAACGAUUUCAUCAGGAACAAAAGUAUAGGUUUCUUCUAUGCAUAUCCUUUUCAUGUCCUUGCCGCCUUUGCCCUUCAGCCGCCGAUUUCACGCCCAGAUUGAGAGGUGAAACUACGAUUAUCUCUUUUAUUUUACCGCUUUGACCGCCGAUUGAUAUUUCACGUAUGUAUGCGAUUUUUAUUCUCCUCAUUUGCAGAUGAGGAAGAAAGUCUCAAACGAUGGCAACUUUUUUGUUAGACUGAAAAUCUACCUAAAUUUGAUCAACGGAAAUGUCCGAAUCAGCGGUGAUUGUAAUCCUAUUGAUCUAGCAAACCUUCUUAAAGGCGACUUUUUUCUUCAUUCAACUUCUUCUUUCUCCCCAGGAUAGACCUCAUCAUCAUUCACCUACUUCUCCCUCCCACUCAAGCAUAACAUCCUUCAAGAUGGCUUUCGGUGCUGACCUUGAUGCAUACCAAAAUGCAUCUACUUCUUUGGCUUUGAUCGAAAGACGUCGUAAUAAUAGCUUCUUGGGUAUCUCAUGGCCUGAAAUCAAACUUUUAAUGAUUGCAGGUGUGGGUUUCUUAAUGGACGCUUAUGAUUUGUUCAUCAUCAAUAUGAUGUACGCAAUCAUCCUACAAACUUACCCGGUCUUCUACAACCGUAAGACAAACAAGAACAUCAACUGGGGUUUGGAAGGUGGUGUUUUGAAAGCUUCAGCUAACAUCGGUAACGUUUUGGGUCAAUUAAUCUUCGGUUUCUUUGGUGAUUACUUUGGUCGUUCAGCCGUUUACGGUAAAGAAUUGAUCGUUACCAUCGUUGGUGUUAUCAUGAUCAUCUCUGCUCCUGAUUACCUUGGCGGUGAUGGUGUCACUUAUUGGAUCUUCGCUUUCCGUAUUUUGAUGGGUAUCGGUAUCGGUGGUGAUUACCCAAUGUCUGCUUCCGUCGUUUCUGAUCGUUCAAACUUGAAGAACCGUGGUCGUAUGUUAGCCAUCAUUUUCUCCAAUCAAGGUUGGGGUAACUUGUUGGGUGCUGUUCUGGCCGUCAUUGUUAUCGCUUGUUACCGUGGACCAGUCGUUGCUGGUGAUACUCACAAGCUCUCUGGUGCUUGGCGUAUCUUGCAAGGUUUGGCUUUGGUGCCAGCCUUUGCUGUUUUGUACUUCCGUUUGACUUUGGUCGAAUCAACCCGUUUCACUCAAGCCCGUGCUAUUCAAGAUGACCCAGAAUUGUUGAACAAAGCAAGUGCAGCAGGUGUUAUCGUCAGUGAAGAAGAUGAUCUUCAAUCCGGCAAGGGCUCCGAACAAGGUAGCUUGCACUUGGAAAACAAGGCUGUUGGUAUGACCGGUAUCGUUGGACAAAAGCCAAAGAACGAAUUCUUCGAAUACUUCUCCAACCCACGUCACGCUUUGUACUUGUUCGGUUGUGCUGCUUGUUGGUUCUUGGUCGAUAUCACUUUCUACGGUAUCAACUUGAACCAAUCUACUAUCUUGUCCACCAUUGGUUUCUCAAACGCCAACGGUGUAACACGAGGUGAAAAGGCAUACUCAAAAUUGAUGAAGACAGCCACCGGUAACUUGAUCAUCACAGUCGCAGGUUUCUUGCCAGGUUACUUCUUCACAAUCGCUUUCGUUGAUAUUAUCGGACGCAAGCCAAUUCAAAUCAUGGGUUUCCUCAUGAACGCUCUUUUCUUGGGUAUCUUGGCAGGCAAAUUCAACGAUUAUGCACCACACACCAACCAAAUCUUCCCUUUGUUCGUCUUUUUGCAAUUCUUCUUCAACUUUGGUGCCAAUGCCACCACUUUCUUAUACCCAGUCGAAAUUUUCCCAACCGCCGUUCGUUCAACAGCUCACGGUUUCUGUGCCGCCUGCGGUAAAUGUGGUGCCAUCUUGGCCUCCUUGUUGUUCUCAUACCUCGCCGACCCAAGUCGUAUUGGAACACAGAACGUGUUUUGGAUCUUCUUCGCAAUUUCCGUUCUUGGUGCCAUCAUUACGCUUGUUGUUUUGCGUGAGACAAAAGGAUUUGAUCCCGAUGAGGAUUACCGUCGUGAGCUCGCCGAAAAGGCAGGACUUGGUCAAGAGACGAGAGCCGCACUCAACAAUCACCACCACGAUGAAUCUCUUAAACAAGAAUCCCCUUAGAAUGCUUUAUGGAUAGCUUGUUUUGCUUGUAAGAGCUUUCUCUUCGUCAUGUAUAUCUUGCAAAGAUUUCAAAAUUAUUCUUUUUUUCAAACAUCUUUUGGGCUUCUUCUUAUCAUUUUAUUGUCAUCUCUUC